AAAUCAAUCAAUUGCUUGCUGCAUCUGGUCGUUAACUUGAAAGAAAAUGGGGACCGGCGGCAAAUGGAUUGGAGCGGCGGCCAGCAUAUGGAUGCAGUGCAGCUCCGGCGGCUCCUACGCCUUCGGCAUCUACUCUCCGGUCCUCAAAUCCACCCAAGGCUACGACCAGUCCACGCUCGACACCGUCUCUGUCUUCAAGGACAUCGGCGCCAACGCCGGCAUCCUCUCCGGCCUCCUCUACUCCUCCGUCGCCUCCCCCCGCGGCCUCUCGCCGUCGUCGUUUCCCUUCGGUCCCUGGCUCGUCCACCUCGCGGGAGCGAUCCAAUGCUUCGCCGGCUACUUCCUGAUGUGGCUAUCGGUCGUCGGAGUCAUCCACCGGCCGCCGGUGCCGGCCAUGUGCCUCUUCAUGCUGUUGGGGGCUCACGCGCAGACGUUCUUCAACACAGCGAAUGUCGUCACCGCCGUUCACAAUUUUCCUGAUUACAGCGGUACCGUCGUCGGCAUCAUGAAGGGCUUUCUUGGUUUGAGUGGAGCAGUUCUAAUACAAGUGUAUCAAACGUUGCUCGGUGGCAACCCUAGUACUUUCAUAUUGAUGCUUGCACUGUUGCCAACUUUUGUUACCUUAUUGCUAAUGUUCUUGAUAAGAAUCGAUCAGACAAACAGUGGUGAUGAUAAGAAGCAUUUGGAUGGUUUCUCAGCAGUUGCCCUGGCUGUUGCUGCGUAUCUCUUGAUCAUAAUAAUCUUGAAAAAUAUGUUUUCUUUGCCAUUAUGGGCACGGAUUCUUACACUUACAGUGCUCCUGGUUCUUCUUGCUUCACCUCUUAAAAUUGCAAUCAGAGCUCAGCAAGAGGAAAUGGGAAGAUUACCAGAUAUGCUGUCCAAUGAGAGGAGCCAAUUAAUAGAUGAUACUACAGUCGAGUAUGAGAAAUUCUUUGUACAGGAAGAUACCAUUGAGGUGCUCGGUCAUGCAGGUCAUGAGAACAUUUCAUCGGACGAUAACAUGCUUCAGCUCGGUAAAGAUAUGAAUCUUUUACAAGCCAUGCGAACCCUAAAUUUUUGGUUGUUAUCUGUUGCCAUGUUAUGUGGAAUGGGCUCAGGAUUGGCCACAAUAAAUAAUAUCAGCCAAAUUGGCCAAUCUCUUGGUUACAAAACUGUGGAGACAAAUACACUAGUUUCUUUGUGGAGCAUAUGGAACUUCCUUGGCCGUUUUGGAGCUGGAUAUGUAUCGGAUAUGCUCCUGCACACAAGAGGCUGGGCGAGGCCGUUGUUUAUAUCCCUGACUCUAGCAACCAUGACUGCUGGCCAUGUGAUCAUCGCGUCUGGGUUUUCCGGCAACUUAUAUGUUGGUUCAGUACUAGUAGGCAUUUGCUAUGGUUCACAAUGGUCAUUGAUGCCCACUGUGGCUUCUGAGAUAUUUGGUGUUCUACAUAUGGGUACCAUUUUCAACACCAUCGCGAUAGCAAGUCCUAUAGGAUCUUCAAUACUGUCAGUCCUAGUCGUUGGCUCUAUCUACGACACAGAAUCAUCAGGGAAAGGGAACUCAUGCCACGGCACUCACUGUUUCAUGUUAUCUUUCUUCAUCUUGGCACUUGUUAGUCUUGUCGGGUUCCUAAUUGCCUUGAUAUUGUUCUUCAGGACAAGGAGGCUCUAUUGGCAGAUUCGACAGAGACACCUACAGCAUAUUACAAGACGGUAAGAUAAGAGCACUUCUUUUUCCUGUUGGGUUCCUCUGAAUUUUUUGUGAAGUUGAGCCAAACUAUGCGGUGCUGCUAUUUGUCGGUCUUCAGCGGUCUGUCUUGUAAUAUAUACUAUCAAAAAUUUAUGUGAUUGUUCUGAUUAAAUGGAAGUUAGCGGCCGCUUUGUUUCUCUUACAUCACGAAUCUCCCAAGAUUCUGGGCUUGCUUGUGAAGUAAAAUUUGGUCUUGUAAUAGCAAAAUACUAAGGAAACUGCAGAGCUGGUGAUUGCUUGGCUGGAUGAUUUCUUCAUUUCUGGACCCAUCUUGUAGUUGGAACACACAGUCCUUCAAAUGGUUUUUUGAGUAUCCAAUGGAAACUUGAUGACCAAUUAUACAAAGGCAUCUCUUUAUCAGUAGUCAUGAAUCUCAUUUGCACCUCUAUGCCAGCGGCUGAAACCCCGGUAAGCUCUCAUUGGGGGAGCUGAGGAGUGAGGAAGCUUAUUCUUUGUUCUAAAUUGUCUUCGUUUGGAAAAUAUUGUGGGAAAUUCAGUUCAUGGUGAUCUUUUUUCUCUUCGUUGAGUUGCUUAGGGUGACUUUAAACGUGAUAAAAUUACUAUCUUAAGAUGUUAUUUGAUUAUUUAUUUAGAAUUGUUAUAAGGUCAAUGACAAAUCACAUAUAUGAUGAAUUAAACCCUCAAAAUC